AUGAGCACGAUCGCGUCCCUCAUUCGACGAUGCCUCGACGUCUUCAAGCAGCGACCGCUCCUGGCGAACAUGGUUUCAUUUCCGGCCCUUUACGUCUGCGCCGAGUUCUCGCAGCAGACCAUCCUGAUCCGCUACGGUGGCGACGAAUCUCCCAAGGAGUACGACUGGAACCUGCUCCUACGCUACGCGGUGUUCGGCACCAGCGUCUCGGCGCCUUUCCUGCACUUCUGGUACCGCUACCUGGAUCGCGUUCUGAGGUCCAGCGGCACCAAGGUGGCAGUACAAAAGGCGUUGGCGGACCAGGCUGUUUCGUCCUCCCUCAUCUUAAUCGCUUUCUACCCUGGUAAGCAGCACAAGCUUUUUUUUUUUCACGUUGCAGUAUUUUACUUGCACGUGACGCCAUAG